AGUGGAGAGGCAGCUCUCAGCUGUCAGAGAGCUUUCAGUCUGCAGCAGAGAUGCAGACGAGCAGGAUCUCUCUGUUUUCCCACUGCAGGAGUCUGAAGCUCAGCAGACAAACAACAGCCUUUGUCUUUCACCUCAGCUGGAAGAUCAACCAGAUACCGAGGAAUUAAAUGCUCAUUAUAGCUGAGCUCUUAUUUCUCCUCUGUUUUCUCUGUCCUUUUCUUUGUGUGCAACCACCACAGUAUGAAACUGCACAUACGAAGCAGCACAUCAUCAUCAUCAUCAUCAUCAUCACCGCAGCAGCAGCGUCUUCUGCAGGAGCAGCCGGACGGAGGAAAACGCAGGAAAUCCUGAAAUCUUCAUGCAAAAUACAAGACCUCAUCCUCUGCUGUGCUAAUCUGCAGAGCAGGUGUAUCGUAGUGCCAGAUAGGGCCCCCGCCACAUCGUGUGUGCGUGCAUGAGGAGGCUAAUGCCCGCGGCGGUGUGGUCAAGGCCAGAGGAGGAUGAGUCCGGCUGUGGAGGCUCAGGCCCAGGGGGCCUUGGAUGCAGAGGAGAAGCAAAAGCAGCAGCAGCAGUGCUACAUGGAGAAGGGGGUGAUGCUUGAACCCUUUGUGCACCAGGUGGGAGGACAUUCCUGCGUCCUGCGAUUUGGGGAGCAGACCAUCUGCAAGCCGCUCAUCCCCCGUGAGCAUCAGUUCUACAAGAGUCUGCCAUCUGCCAUGAGAAAGUUCACCCCCCAGUACAGAGGUGUAGUGUCAGUCAGCUUUGAGGAGGAUGAGGAAGGGAACCUAUGCCUCAUAGCAUACCCCCUCCACAGUGACCCAGCAGAGGAUCUGGAAAACAAGGACCCUUCAUCUGACUGUGAGCCCAAGAGCAAGAUGCUCAAAUGGGCCAAAGUGAAGACAUCCUCCCUGCUUGUAGACAACGAAAACUACAGCAAAGAGGGCCGAUGCCGUACCUCUCGCAAAGACAAGGACAAAAGUGUUCAGAGUCUGCAGGACGAUUUGGAGCUGGAGUGGCUGCAGCAGGCCGACGUGCUGCACUACAGACUGGAUCGCAGCCACAGUAAUGCCGUGCCGCAGCUCAAACACAACCCCUGGAGCCUCAAGUGUCACCAGCAGCACCUGCAGAGGAUGAAGGAGAACGGCAAGCACCGCAACCAGUACAGAUUCAUCCUGCUGGAGAACCUGACGUGGCGCCACACGGUACCGUGCGUGUUGGACCUGAAGAUGGGCACACGGCAGCAUGGAGAUGAUGCUACAGAGGAGAAGAAAGCUGUACAGAUUCGCAAAUGUCAGCAGAGCACAUCAGCCUCAAUCGGAGUCCGGCUCUGUGGCAUGCAGGUGUAUCAGUCCGACACAGGCCAGCUGAUGUUCAUGAACAAAUACCACGGCCGGAAGCUAAACUUGCCGGGCUUCAAAGAGGCUUUGUUCCAGUUCUUCCACAGCGGGCGGCACCUGCGUCAUGAGCUCCUCUCCCCCGUCCUUCGUAGACUUAAAGACAUGCAAGCCGCUCUAGAAGCCUGCGAAUCCUACCGCUUCUACUCCAGUUCCCUACUCAUCAUCUACGACGGCGCGCCACACCGAAAACACACGCGCCGGCACACCGAGAAUGGCCUCUCUGAGGAAGAAGAGGACGAGGACGACGAGGCGGACACAGAACUGGGAAUGGAGGAAGAGGCAGAGGAAGAGGUGGCUGAAGUAUCGGGGGCACUGGGAUUUCCCCAUACGACCUCCACUUUGAGCGAGCCAACCAGCAACACUGGAUCAGUCGUGAAACAGGGUCACCUGUUCUGCCCGGACAUUGUCAGCCCCGUGGUGGACGUGAGGAUGAUAGACUUUGCUCACACAACUUGCCGGCAUUACAGUGAGGACAGUGUGGUCCACGAGGGCCAGGAUAGUGGCUACAUCUUUGGUCUCCAGAAUCUAAUCACGAUCAUCUCUGAGCUGGAGAACCACAGUGCAGAUUAAAC